AUGAAGGAACCCCAGGAUGGGAUGCCCUCCGCUCUGGUGGAGACAAUCGCCGGUUUCACAGCCGGGUUCCUAUCGACGCUCAUCGCUCAUCCAUUAGAUCUCGUCAAAGUUAGAUUGCAAGGUAAGUGUUAUUGCUGUCGCAACUACUACUCCCCCCUUUCCACCCUCUUCCCCGUUGCAGCAUUUCAUCAAACGCUCAAACUGGCCCGUUCUAAUUGAUGGAACCUCUCGGAACAGUCGACAGGGAAAACAGAAGGCCAAAGCUUGGAGCAACCUGGAGGAUAGCUCGUAAUGUUGUUGCAAACGAGGGGAGGGGCGCGCUUUAUCGGGGCCUCUCACCAAACCUGGUGGGUAACAUGACGAGCUGGGGCUUGUUUUUCAUGCUGUAUGUCUCGUCUUGCCACAGGGUCUUGUCACUGGUGCGAAAUCAAAUAUACACAUCUUUCUUCACAACCGAUGACCUUGUUGUCUUUUUUCUUUUUUUUUUUUUUUCUUCUCGCUCACUUCCUUUCUAUUUUUGAAAGUUUGGUUCCUGAUUGUGACACAAAUGCGGCCGGGUGAUGUGGUGAGCGAUAAAGGUAUGGCGAGAUCAAGUCGGAAGUAACGAAUCAUAAACCAGGAGGCCUGUCCUCAAUCGAUUACCUACUAUCUUCCGGGAGUGCCGGUGUCCUCACAGCAAUUUGCACGAAUCCACUCUGGGUGGUCAAGACGCGGAUGCUCUCUUCGGGUCAGUCGGUUCCUGGGGCUUACUUGGGUCUGACAGACGGCUUACGGACCAUCGUACGCGAUGAGGGUGCACGAGGAUUAUUCCGUGGUUUGGCGCCUGCGCUCUUCGGAGUUGGCCAGGGAGCACUGCAGUUCAUGUUCUACGAGGAGCUGAAGUUGUGGAGGAGGGGCCUUCGUGAGCGCAAUAACAGCGUUGGUGACGGAGGUGGAGACGAAAGUAGCGAGAAGGUUGGAGGAAGACUGAGUAACAUUGACUUUCUGACCUUGUCGGCCGCAUCAAAGAUACUUUCAGGGUCAAUAAUAUAUCCCUACAGGGUUGUGCAGACCAGGAUGCAGACAUAUGAUGUCGAUGCUGUAUACUCAUCCGCUCGGGACGCCGUGGUGAAGAUUUGGAGGAGGGAGGGGCUCACCGGCUUUUACAAAGGGUAUGUUUCUCAUUGUCUCUUAUGCCACUAUAUCCCGAUUGCAUUCCCAACCGCUCGAAUGGCAUAUUUGGAGUACUUGGGCUCGUACCCCAAUCUGCAUGGGAACAGAAUGUCUGACAAGGAGCAUCCCUGGAGCUAUCUGGAUCCCUAAUGUCUCUGUUGCUUUUUUUCUUGCUUGUUUUUUUUUCUUCUUCUUCUCAUCACAUCAAGCCUCAUUCACGCCCCCGCCCUAAAUCGAACGAAACCCGGUCAAGGACCUUGACGUUCCAAAGGGGUUGGGAAAAAAGCAAUCUUUUGUUUUGCAGUGUGCAAUAGCACAUUCCCAUGUCCCGGUUUGACCAGAGACUCGAAUAAACUUGACGCGUUUUUCAAGUGAGCUCCUUUUGACUAAAAUAUCUUGUUCUUUUUACUCUGUUAGGUUGGCGCCGAACCUAGCGCGGGUAUUGCCGUCCACUUGCAUCACCUUCCUCGUGUAUGAGAAUACCCGGUAUUACCUCCAAUGAGGUGAGACAAGCAGCAGCAAAAAGAAAGCAAAAAGGGUCGCCCGCCUUGUGCGUUCUUGUCCUGGAGUAACGCGUACGGUAGUGCGCACGCAGUGCCGUAGAAGCAACAGGCAAAAAAUGGGAAAGAAGAAAAAGAAAGAAAAAAAAAACAUAUCUCGGCCAGGGCUGGAGUGGACUGGACUGGAUGAUGGGGAAGAGUGGCAUGGUUUGAGUUUAUGUAACCACAGACGUGUUACCUUGCUGGGACGCUGAAGAUCACCCUCACUCACGGGGGAAGCCGGGAAGGGGCGUGGAGUGUGAAGUGAAGGAUGGAUGAUAGUGGGGCCAUUCGAGGAGGGGGUUGGAGCUGAGGUGAAAGGGUUCCUACGAUACCAUAGAAUCUCAAAUAAUUGAACCGUGUG